GCUGGCCCGGCGCGGCGGGGGCGAUUGUGGUGGGUGGGCUUCUCUCCGCCUGUAGAGUCUCGUCGCGUCGCCGGCAUGUCGCGGAGCCCCAGCGAGGCCGCGGAGGAGCGGGAGUCGGCAGAAGAUAAUUCUCUUGCUCUGACCUAUGAUUCUGAUACAGAAACAACACUAAAGAAAAAAAUGUCUCGCAGGCCCGCAAAAUCAAGGUCUCCGUACACCUCUCACACCUGCCUCCAUUCUAAACGGACUGGAUUUCUGCGGACGUUCAAAAGCGCAGAGAGUAAACGCUUUGAGAGCCCCUUAGUGAAAGCCUCAAGGCAGUACUGGCGUGGGUCUCUGAAGCAAGGUACCUGGAUGAGCCACUCCAAGUCCGACAUUGGCAUCAGAACUGCUUUCUCCCCUCUGGCCGGCAGCACACCUGAGUAUCUCAAGGAAGCUUUGGGGAUGAAGAAACCGAAACACGCUCGCUCUGCCAGCCGUGGCUACAUCCCUGGGACUCCAGACUACAAGGAGAAGGAGGAUAUGUACGACGAGAUCAUCGAGCUAAAAAAGACAAUCCAAGCCCAGAAGUGCGAAGCGGAUCGGAUGAAAACCAAACUUCGGCGGGUGGAAGAAGACAACACGCGGAAGGACAAGCAAAUCGAGCACCUUUUGGAGCCCUUCAAAUAUUCUGAAUUUAGCUGGGUACGGACAGAACAGAAAAAUGAGAACAGCUUGAUGAUAAACGGUUUGAAGCAGAAGAUUCUCAGGCUAGAACAGCAGUGCAAGGAGAAAGACAACACCAUUAACCAACUCCAGGCAGACACGAGGAAUACCGACAUGGAAGAAAUGACCAUCGCUCUGCGGACUUCCUACCAAGAGAUCCGGCGCCUCCAGAACCUGCUGACGCACUCAAAAUCCAUGCAACAGAAGUACGUGUAUUAUUUUGGGGCUUUCUGCCUGUGCUUAACUUUUUGGUGGCUAGUUUCUAUUCUUCACUAA